AUGGCCCUGAAUCUCGAAAAGCAGCUUCUGUUUUAUGGAGCUUAUCACAAUAACCCAGUAUGUCAAUGUUGCGAUACACAUCACAUGCGUGCCGAUACUCCUGUUCACGGGAAUCGCUCUGCGUCGAAUACACCGGCCUUCGUGAACCUGCCCAAUGCGCUCCAGAUCGAAAACCUUCCUCCUAAUCUCGGAACGAUCGCAGCCGUCGUAUACUCCACGUUCUACAUCCUCCUCGAACCUGUUGCUGGGGCACUGAUCGCUCCCCUUAUAAUUGCGGGUGCAGCCUGGGCGAACCAUCUACUGGCUACAUAUGGCACCAGCGUCAACUACUGGUUUGCUGGGAUCCAUGUAGUGUCCUGGCUGGCUCAGUUUGUGGGCCAUGGUGCCUUUGAGCGCAGGGCUCCGGCCUUGCUGGACAACCUGGUCCAAGCACUUCUUCUUGCACCUCUCUUCGUCUGGAUGGAAGUGCUCUUCUUUUUCGGCUACCGUCCCGAACUGAAAGCCAGAUACGAUGAGAAUGUGGAGAAGGAGAUUGCAGCUUUCAAGGCGCAGAAGGGCAAGACUGCCAAAUAA